UCCGCCAUGUUUACCAUAUAUUGUUUGUUUAUAUUAUGUGGACUAGUUUUGGUUUAUUGUCAUGCUGAUGCAUGCAGUUAUCCGUACCGACGAGUUGGUAAAGGGUGUUAUCUAAUACAAAAAGAUAAUAUAUCAGGCGAUGCUGCUUUUGCAAAAUGCUUACGACGAGGUGCAUACCUGGCGAACUUUGAAACCCUAAAUGAAGCAAUGUUGAUGAAGUACGAACUCUUAAAAAUGAACACAGGUGUGCACUACUAUAUUGGUGGACGUGACAUUAAUAGAUAUAAGCCCGGUGGUGAUUGGAGAUGGAUCAAGAAAAACGGAGAAAUGGUCAAGAUGCCAUACUUUGCUUUUGAUAAUGGAGAACCAAAUGGAACAUUCAAGUCGGCACAAGAUUGUAUGUUCUUCUAUGCUUCUAGAGGAUAUAAGUUCCAUUCUGUUUGGUGUGCAAACGGAGGCUCGCUUGGAGGUUAUAUUUGCGAGAAAUAAAGCAUGACUACCACUUUGACAAA